AUGACAAGUAGAAUUGGAAGAAUGCCUGCUACUUCCACCAGGGCUACUGACGCCAGAAAUCACAUGGAUAUUACUAUCAUUUGCAAUGAUGGUGAUGACGUGUUUGUCUUUGCACUAAAAAAAUUAGCAUUCCAUAGAGAUCGUAUUUCAUUCUGUUCUAAUGGUGUAAGGGCAUACAAAAGUUGUUCUGCUUUUAAUUUUUCAUUGUACUUUUCCAAAAAGUAUCAGUCAUCUCUUAAACGCUCCAACUCGGACAUUCCAGACGUCAUCUAUGAACGAAGAGUGCUCAAGUACCUUCCUCCUGAAAUAACAGAAUAUGCCUUUUUUUGUUGUGCUAAAUUAAUAUCAAAGAAGGAUCACAAAAAUAAAAGCGAGAAGGGAAAAGUCCGAUUUUUAAAAAUAUUUAUCCCAACUUAUCAUACCUGA